CUUUGUAUAUAUUAUUCCUCAUCAUUACUUUCUGAAUCUUCACUUCUCUCUCCCUCUCUCUCUCAAAGUCCGUUACGUUUGAACGAUCAUGGUAUCAGCGGGGACGGCGACAAUGACGGAUGCUAAUAUGGUUUUCAUGAUGGAGGAGGCGCCACCGUCGGGACCUCGCAUUUCCUUCUCCGCUGAUCUGUCAUCAUCAGACAGCGAAGGAGAUUACAUCUCCAUCAACCCAAAGAAUCUCUUACCUAGAAGACAAGAACAAGAAAAAGACAAGAACUCAUCGAAAGCAGGAGACUUUGAGUUUCUGUCGAAUACCCAAACAAUGCUAACCGCUGACGAGUUGUUCUCCGAAGGAAAGUUCCUUCCUUUCCGACAAGUCAAACAUUCAGAGAAGCUUCAAAACGUUACCUUGAAAACAAAACAAGAAGAAGAAGAACGUAAAGAGGAGAAGGAGCAGGAGAAUAACAACAACAGAGGAAGCUGGUUUCUUGACGACGACCCAUCUCCUCGUCCACCAAAAUGCACUGUGCUAUGGAAAGAGCUUUUACGGCUAAAGAAACAGAGGAGCAACACCAAGGCAUCGUCUCUCUCACCGUCUUCUUCUUCAAGCUCGACUUCCUCUUCUUCUAGCUCUAUUGGGGACGCGGUGAAGAAGGAGGAGAAAGAGAAGGAAGGGAAGAGAGGUAAGAAAGGGUUAGAGAGGACGAGAUCAUUGAGUAUGAGGAUAAGACCGAUGAUUCAUGUUCCUGUUUGUACACCACCGUGUAAGCCUCCUUUGUUUCCUCUUAGGCUUCAGAAAAACAGAGUGGAGAGACGAAGUUGAAUUAUGAAAAUUGUUUUUUGUUUAUUUGGAUUUGUAUUGUUAUUAGAUGGAUUGUGUUUUUGUUGAGCUUUUUGUGAUUUAGAUCUGAUGUGUGACAUUUGUAUAAAUAUUGAAUACACCAAUUUCUAUGCUUGUGGUUUGAAAGUCUUUUUUUUUGUUGUAUCUCUGUCUGUAUCUAAAGCCAACGAUCAAAUCUUUU